AUGUAUGUGGUUGAAUUGAAUGUUGCUGGAGCUGAUAUCAAUAGCCCAGGUGUCUUCAGUUACCGAGACAACUUUGUGCUAUUUUCAAAACCAUCGGUGGCUGUAACGCUUAAGUCCAGUGGCUCAACCGAAGCAGAUGUGGGAGAGAACGCUGUUUUCACCUGUCGAGUUACAGGACUUUCAAUUUUCAGUCAGACAGUAAAAUGGGCAAAAGUGGACAACAAAGACCCACGAGUUAAAAAGGAGAUCUCUGAACAUACUUACGUUAUUUUCAACCGUGUUCAUUACUCUGUCGAAGCGACUGAGGAAGGCAGUGAUUUGGUGUACAAAUUCACCAUUAAAGAUAUCCAGAAAUCUGAUGAUGGUUCCUAUAAAUGCUUUGUGGAAGAAAGGGGCAACAUUGUAACAGAAACAACGGAGGUUCUGACUGUUAAGCAGCCUGUGGCCUCGCUGGAGUUUCAAGUGGGCCCAUAUAAGAUCGACUCAUCAGAAGAGGGAGUGCAAGAGUUUGAACUGGAUCGGUUUGAUCCCAACCUGGUGUUGAACUGUAAAGUUCGCGGCAGUAACCCCGCCCCCCAGGUCAUGGUGAAGAUCGGUGAAGCAGACGUGACACCUAAAUUGAGACGAGAGGAUCAGAUGGUCACCAAUGGCAAGACGUUAGAGUCCAUCAGGGCGUACAACACUGACCUGAACAGCACGGGAGUGUAUAGUCUUGAACCGUCUGUUGUUGGCAAAGAAAUGUCGUGUUCAGCCUGGCUGAUAGGAGACGAGGGGAACAAACUGGAGGCCAAGGCACUGCUCAAGGUCAAAGGCUGUUAAUGCGAAGAAGAAGAUAGAUUCUCACUGUGACGACGAAUCCGAUGAGCUUAUCCGCAUGAUGCAAUGGACUUAGUUAGACAUCGCAAAUGUUCCGAC